AUGCUUGGGCAAGGAGUGUCAGAGCCAAUGGAGGAUGGCCAGGUUGCCGCUGCGCCGGUAAAGGAGGUCAUUCGGGUUCUGAAGGCUCUAGCCAAGCGGGUGGACGUGCGAGACAGGAGAGAGAAGAAGCUUCACGAGGAAUUCGGAAGCUAUUGUGCAAAGGCAGACACCUCGCUCGAAAAAAGCCUCAAGGAGUCGCAGUCCGAGCUGCCUCAUCUCCAGCUGGCGCUGGUCGAGGCAGAGAGGAAGCGACAGGCACUUCAAGAAGAGAUCAAGGCUCAUGAGAACGAUGCGGCAUCUUGCAAGUCUGCUCUCCAGACGGCAGAAGCCAUUCGUGCUGACGAGACGCAAAGCUAUAAGAAGGAGCUUGCCACCCUGACGGCAAACCAAGAGCGACUAGAAGAGCUUCUCGCCGUGCAGGAGGUCGGAACCUCCAUCGGUGAGCAGAAGUCUUCGGAGUGUCUAGGCGACGGCAGCAAGUUUGUCCAGACGGGUGACGCAGCGUUUCAGAGACUGACGCUGUCAGCGAGCAGCGCCACGGAGCUCAUAGAGAUGCUUCAAGCUCCAGAUGCAACUGCCGGGCAGAAGAUUCAAGUCUUGGAGAUGCUGAAGAACAUGCUGGAUGGCGUGAAGAAAGACAUGAAGGAGCUGAAGACUCAAGAGGCGAAGCGAGCAGCGGUCUUUGCCGCAAUGCAGAAGGCGAAAGCAGACGAGCUCAAGUCUCUGCAAAGGAGCUUGCAGCAGAAGGGCGAACGUGAUGCUGGCUUUCAGAAGCAGAUGGCAACCAUUCGCAUGGAGCGUCAGGACACGGCCGCUCUUGUGGAUGAUGCGGACAAGCUCGGUAAGAGUCUACAGAAUUGGUGCACCAUUCGGCGCGGCCAGCAUGCCUCCAUGCAGAUGGAGAUGCAGGAAGAGCAGAAAGCUUUGCAGAGCGCAGCAAAGCUUAUGCUGUCCGGAACCGACCUAGAGAUUUUCAAGCCUGCGUCGCUUGUGACAUUCUUGCAAGUGGCUGAGAGGCACCAGAAUGCGCACGACACCUCCGGGCAACAACGUGCUCUCAGAGGAAAGCCAAGUCCUGCCCUAGAGAAGAUCACCAAGCUCGUCGAUUCCAUGGUGUCUGUCUUAGAGAAGGCACAGGAGGACGACAACCUCAAGAUUCAAAUGUGCAAGGACGAAACAGCAUCCACCGAGGAAGCCAAGGCAGCCCUUAGUGAGAAAGCGCAGUCCAAAGCUGCCGACAUCGCUACAUUGAGUGAGCAGCUUGAAACCCUGGAGAGGGACGUCGCCGCUGAAAAGACGUCGAUAACUCGGGUUGAUUGGGUGGUGGCCAAAGCCACGGAGCUUCGCGAGAAGGAGCACAAGCAUUUGGCAACAUCCAUCGCGCAAGGUGGGGCUAGCACCAAGGUGAUGCAUAAAGCCAUGAACUCUCUUGAGAAAUACUUGGACGAGGGCGGCACCCUUGAUGGGCCAAAAGCCAAGAAGGACGACGAGGAGUUCGGAUUCCUCUUGGAGACCACCUCAGGAACGGACACCAAGGCAGCAUUGAGGUCGCUGCAGGCAGUCAUCGACGCAGUUCGGUCCGAGGUCGAGCAAGUGAAACUUCGUGAGGCAGCCGACCAAGCCGCCUAUGUGGAGCUGGUAAAGGUGGCUCGGGCCUCCCGGCGGAAGGAUGCCUACACCCUCACGGACUUCGUUGGAGGUCAGGCAGCCUUGACCGCCGAGUCCCAGCGCAUCCAGGACAGGCAGAAGGCUUUGCAAGAGCAGAUGGGCCUCACGGAUCAGCUCGCCUCGACCUUGAAAGCCGAGCCACGGCGGAACGUUCGUUAG